AUGGACGCCGAGCUCGCCUGGCGCCGCGCCCUGCACUUCGAGGCUCUGCGCGCCAGCCGACGGCCAAUUGCGGGCUACGGCGCAGCGCUGGCGAGUUGGGAGAAGGGUCGUCACUGGCAGCAAGCCAUUCGUCUCUUUCAUGCCAUACCCCAAUCGAAAGUUGAGCCGAACCUCAUUGCACACAACAUCCUGAUCAGAUGCGUUGGGCACCGUCAGUGGCAGUCUGCCGUUGACCUGUUGAUGUGUCAGAUGCGACGACAUGUGAGUCCUGACGUGGUCAGCUACAAUUCUGUUCUGAGCUCCUGCGACAAAAACGGCCGCUGGCCAGAGACCAUUGGGCUUCUCGAGGCAAUGCCUGCAGUGGAUGUGGCAGAUGUGAUCAGUUUCAGUGCAUCCAUCAGUUCCUGUGAAAAGUUCGGGCUAUGGAUGGAGGCACUUCGCAUCUUUCAAUGGGCCAAAGAUGUGAAGAUCCAGCUGGAUGUGAUCAGCUACAAUGCUGCCAUCAGCGCUUGUCAGAAAGGAAACCGACCAGAGAACGCCCUGAUGUUAUUUCGAGAGAUGCAGCAAUAUCAGAUUGAAGCUACAGCGACCAGUUUCAAUGCUGUCAUGAGUUCUUGUGGAAUUCAAUGGCAGCAGGCACUGAUUAUGUUUGAUGACAUGCAGUCAGCUGAAAUGGAAUUGGAUGUCAUCAGCUUCAGUGCCGCCAUCAGUUCUUGUGACAUCGCAGGGGAGUGGCAACGGGCUUGGGAUCUCUUCCACACAAUGCCUCAAGCUAAGAUCCAACCGAAUCUUAUAGUGUUCAACGCUUUGAUGAGCUCGUGCGAAAGAUAUGGGCAGUGGCAACAAGCUGUGUGUUUCUUGGGGUCGAUGUGUGCCCUGCAUCUUCAACCUGACGUCAUCAGCUUCAACUCCGUCAUCACGGCAUGUCAGCAGAACUGGCAGCAGGCGAUCGCCGUUUUUGAAGACAUGGUCGUGGCGAAGGUAAAGCCAAGUCACAUCACCUUCAACACAUUGCUGACCUGUUGCGAAUCCCAAUGGCAGCAGGCCUUGGGUUUGUUUGAACACAUGGAAUGGAUACAGGUUCAACCAGAUGUCAUUGGCUUCAAUGCAGCCAUGGCUGCUUGCCAUCAACAACCUCGGCAGCUGCUGAAGUUCUUCGAUUCCAUGGCCUCUGCCACGCUUCAGCCCAGCAUCCUGAGCCUCCGCUGCGUCGUUGCGGCCCUGUUGUGGCGACCGCAACGGCCCCAGUGCGCCCGAGUCCGCGGUUUGUUGGGGGCGGUGAGAUCUGCCAUGAUGGAGUUGCCGCUGAAAAGUGGUGAGAUUGGGGAGAUCAGAAACAAAUGCAUGACCGCAUGA